CAUACACACACACACACACACCCAGAUACACAGAGUUGAGACGAGCUUGGUGCAAAGACUGGCCCUGUGGCUGUGAGACUCUGAAAUGGAACCUCACUGUUCCCACACUGUGCCAGGGAGGAGAAUAUCCACCAUGCACAUCCCAGUCACUGCUAUUACCACAGCCAUAGCUUACAUUCACAUCGCCUCUUUCAGGCACCAAAACCUCCCUCAAGGCGUUUUGACAGAAGUGUUGUCAAACAUAAGAUAAUAUUAUGCCUUUUAAGUGGACAGGAGACUGCAUGGACAAUGGGAUGAACUACAAGGUGGGAGCCAUGUGGAAGAGUGAGGAUUGCUACACGUGUUACUGUGGGAAGGUGACAGCAAUCUGUUGUACUGACUAUGCCCAAGUGCCUGACGUGCCGAGUAACUGUGAAGCUGUUUUUGACAAGAGGCUCUGCAAGUACAAGGUGUACAGCAAGGAGAACCUGGACGUCCUGUGUGAUAUCUGAGUACUGCUGGGAGAACGGUACCGUGGAGAGAAUCUACUCAAGCUGCUUUCACAUCACUCCCCUGCCUGUGCUUCUGCAGAUGUGCAACCCCUGAAGGAGAGUCCGUAAUCCCCAACUGCUCUGUAUUCUCACAAUCUCACCUCUCUGGACUGCUGUCAAAAUCCUUCAAUAAAGCGCAUUUGGUCAGUUUCAGCUCGGAAUCCAACAUUCUGAGGGAUACCCUCCACCUGCUCAGUAACUCCCAACCCACCGAGAACAGCCCACUAAACAAAAGCCAACUCUCCGGUGUGGCA